AUGUCCGUCUCGGGAUAUUCCGUUCAACACGACUUCGAAGUCCAAGAGUAUAACAAGCGACGGGCCGCGUGGAAAGCGUCCGAGAAGAAGAGAAAGCAGGAAGAAAAGUCGCUUCGAGCGCAAGCCAAAGCGGCUCGGGAACCGGCGCUGCAGCAGGCGAAAGGCCUCGGUGGUGGCGAACAGAAGACCAUGAGCCCUUUGAUCAGAUGGAUCCGCGCCAGUCGCAGGAAGAAGUCGAGACCCACGCUCGCCGAGGGAAAGUGCCUCGAAGAAGACUCCGACGGUGAUUCUGACGAGACCACACUGACGGAUGCGCUGGCUGCGUGA